CAGUGCAUAUCGGUGGACCGCUCAGGACAGACCUACUACCAAUAUUCGGUGCUCGCGUUGAAGACUAAAAGAAAAACCAAACAUCGGCUACUUAGUGCGUUCGAUUUCGUCGCUACUUACGAUCAAUUAAAGUAUUGGGAAAAACAGAUUAUCGCGAAUAUCGAUUUAAUCUUUGGUACUAUUUUGCGUGAGUGUUUAGCGAAACUCGACUCUGUGCUAGCAAAAAUUGUACGAAGUAGUUUUUUUUGUUACCGGUUUGCCUGUUUAAAGUUUAAAAUCAGGAUGGUUUAAGUAGUGUGCAGUGGUUGUUUGCCCUCCCCUGGAUAAUAAUUAAAAAAAAAAAAAAAAAACAGCAGACACAGUUUCAAUAGUGGUAUUUUUCGCAAAACUGAAAAAUAAUCCAGCUUUAUUGAACUUUUGUCUUCCCACCAAACCUAACAUCGGAAAUGCGAGUGAUUUUGAGUUUGACAAAACGGAAAUAAGUUUGGUUUUGCUUGAUUGAAGAGAAGAAAAUUACUAGCAAAACAGACUAGAAGCGCACAAGAUGAGUAUUGAUCCGCGGCCAAACCACAGCCGUCAGUCCCACUGAGGGUGAGUGACAACAACGUACGAAACCACACGCGAAUCAAGCGAUCGGAAACAGAAAGUUCCUUCCAAGUAGAGGCAGAGCGGGGCUUCCACAGAACAGGUGGAGCCAGGACUUAUUUCAACCUAGAGCGCACGAUAUCCGAUGCAACAACGAUGGCAGCAGCAUGCGUAAAAUUUACGAUUUCCCGACCCCUGCUAGCGCUGACCCUCUGGAUUCUAGCAGGUUGCACCGCACAGACCCUGCAGACCAGCACAGGUAACGCCACAGUUACGAUCACAUCCCCACAAGCAUCCUCGUCAUCGUCGUUUUCCCUAUCGGCGGAACUACCACCGGACUCCAAGCUGCGUUUCCUUCGGCCAACCUUCACCCGAACAGAGCUGAAAGUGGCCCGCAGUCUCGAUCCGGACAACGUUCAGAAGUUGAAUGUUCGCUCCAACAACGGUCGAAUGGUUGAAAUAAUCGUGAAAAAGCGAGACGAAAAAAGCAGCCCACAUUCCAGAGGAUCUCCACAGGGCAGCAGUAAGCCAGUGGCAUCGGACGGGUAUCGAGUGACAAGUGACAAUUCCCCCGAAUCGGUAGACCUGAUCAGUGCCUUUCUCGAUCACGUGAACCGCAUCGAGCGGCCAGCACGGCAGUACGAAGAUGAAAGUUCGAUAAAAAACGAUCGUCGGCCGGUCAGAAUCGCCGUCAACAGUCGACCAGUGGAGGAAAAUGCCGCGGCCAGUGUUCCAGCUCCGGUAAUAAUCAGUUCCGAUGCGAUCUACAUGAAGGAUAAUCCUUUCGGUGGCAAAACGAAACAGAAAGCACCACGAGCUCUACAGGAGAUCGACGAAGAUGGCAUUCCAGUGGUACACGGUAUCCGUGUUCCGGAUGAUGAAGCCGAUAAACGACAGGUAUGGCGAAAUGCUCGAGUAAUCAACGGUGAACUGGUGCCGUACGAGAAGGGCCACGUCCCGAAGCGUAUGGAAGGAACCGGAGAUGCUUACGGUCAAUUGAUUUUCGCUCGUCCAACGAGCAGUGAAACGGGUCGCCAUCGAAGCAUUGGCCCCUUCACGACAGCCGAUAAUUUUGCGCGGAACGAUAAACCCAAAAGUUUCGGACCGUUCAGUGUCGUAGACAAUUUGCGCUCGAGCGUGCGGGUUAACGAGGCGGAACAACCGCAGCCAAUCAUUAUGAGAGUACCGGUAAACAUUGGGCCUUUCUCGCGUGCCGACAACGCCCGUGUUUCGAACGCUAAACUGAUCGAGUACAUCAAAAAGAUCAAUGAUCAGGAAAGUCGCAAGCACUACUAUAUGGCACGAUCACCGAACAAGGAAAUCUAUGCUGAACAACAGCCGAAAAUUCAACGUCGAAUGUUGCAAAAUCCCGGUAACCCCGUGUAUCCGGUAUCCAAACUGUACUCCGUUCCUGGCAGCAAUAAACUACAGGGUGAACUGGAAGACUCGAGAAAACCUGUUCUACAGUACGCCCACCCAGAGUUGGGUGUGCAGCCAGCAAAGUUUGUACCGCCAGAGCAUAAACCAACCCCGAAAGCUACCAAGAAAAUAAUCAACGUCGAAUUUGCCAAACACAAUGAUCAUUCACCUUUCGCAAUAGAACCAGCCAUGAUGGGAAAAGAUUACUACGACAAUCCACUUCCGGUAAAAUUCCCCACCAAACAUCCGUACGAUGAACUAUACCAACCAUCCAAAAUGCCAGCAACCUAUCCUUACACCUACGGAUUCAUCCGGCGUGUGAAACCCGAACGUCCACUGUGGAUGACACUUACCGAAAAGGUGAAGGAUAGUUUUCAAAACGGAAUUCACACGGUGCACGAGUUCACCAAACCAGUGCUGGACCCGCUGGUCGAAGCCGGCCACAAGAUCUCCAAGAACCUGGGGUUCGCUCCAAAGCCUAGUGAAGCUAAGGACAAAGCUGAUCUGGUGGUGGCACCAGCUUCAAGUUCGAUUGUUCUGCCAGCUCUAGGCGUUCUGGCCGGUGGAGCAGCGCUCAGUCUCGGUGCCGUCGCUAUGGGACGUUUUUUCGAUCUGGACAUGCUGCGGCGAUCGGGCGAACAGCUUGUUAUGGAACUGGACGAUUUGCAGCACAGACGAGCGCUGGAGGGAGUGGAAACGAAUCCGGAGAAGUACUAUUUGUUUGUACCGACAACGGCCAUCACUCAGAUGGAGCAGAGCCAAUCGGGACGACGAUCCAAAAGAUCGAUAGUUCAGCAACAGCAGCAGCAGCAUGAUUCCACGGACAGCUUGUUUGAAAAUGAAAUCUAUCGGAACGAUAAAUUUGACGAUCAAGGGGAUGUGAUCGAAAUCAUUAAUGUGCGAACAGCCGAUCCGAGUGAUGAUGAAGAAUUGCCGGAUGAUAAGAUGCAGCGGCUGGAUGCUACUUUCAACGGUCAUAGUCGCUACCGGCGUGCCAUUGGUGGAGCAGAAUUUAGUGACGGUGAGGGUCUGAGUCAGGUGCUGCAAGACGUAGAACGCGAUUUACCACGACCGUCGCGGGUGGCAUUCGAGCAGCAGCUUAAACAAACCGACUGGAAGAAUCCUUCCUGUGCCAAACGGACAUUCUGCCUCGUCAUGGUCCAGCAGGGUGCCGACGAUGUCGUACUGAUGGAGAAGAAAAUGUACACCAUGCUGGAGAUGAUGCAUCCAACGCUCGGAGCGACACUGACCAACCACUUAUCGGAAGUAACCGAUGCCAUUCGGCAGCAUAACUGCGGUCAAUUCGUGUGUCAGCAACGACCAAAAACGUAACCUACAAGAAAUAUUUCGUACUGACUGGCGUACACCAAUUCGAGAGAGUAAAACUACCCCAACGAACAAACAAAAAAACAGACGGUUUCACAUAAUCCUUUCAGAAAAAAAACAACAAUUUAACUCUGAGGAAAUCGUUUGGUUUUGUAGUCUAAGCUGAAUAAUUCACUCUGUAAAAAGAUUGUGUUGUUACUUACUACUAGAGUCGAUUACAAACCCAACACGGAUUAAUUGUAUAAAAAGAGAAAGGAAAUCAGGACCAGACCGUAUCAAACACACACACAUUCUUGUUUAUAUCGAAAUGCCAAAGGAUGAUUAGUAGGCGAAACAAGAAAAAAGCAAAAUUUCCGUUAUGCUUGACAACGCGAAGCAGUAUAAUUCACAUUAUUAGUGCCUUUAGAUGAUAAAUCCGACACGAAUCCGAAUCCAUCCCCACACGAAUCCUCCUCCUCCUGACUUAGGAUGUAAGCCCAAACUAAGCUAGAAACAAAAAAAAAAAACACGAAGAAAAAAUCAUCAACGCGCUAGCAAACGAGAAAGAAAGUGACAAAAUGACAAAUCUCGCAUAUUUAUUACUCGAUUUUACCUAAAUUAUGUAAAUGCGAUUAUUUAAUUUCGAUAAUUUAUUGGCUCGGCUUGGCAUCCCGUCGACUAAACACGCAGCGCUUACGUGCACGGGCCGAGCAUCAUGCAAAUUGGGACGGUUUGCACAUUUUGUCACAUUUUGUCGGACACUGAACAUGUGACGAAACCACGAAUCCACGACCUGAUUGAUGAACGACUGAAGGAAAGUUCAGAAACUCCUCCAAUAUGUUAUUAGAUUAUGUCGCUGAAUGGUCAAUUAAUUAAACGGUAGAGAUAGUUUGCUAUAAUAGUCUUGUUUAUACUGAUAGAUUUAAAUAAAGAUAAAAAAACAAAAUAUAUAAAAUCGAAUGCGAGACAAUUGUGAUGAAAGUAUCGAUAUGAUGAGGAGAAAUAAAGCAAUAAUUAUGUUUAAA